UAUGUGAUUUUUCUGAAGAUGCGAUGAGAGUCAACUCAUAAACAAAAACUUGUCAGUUACAAGAGGAGUUGAUCGAUGGAGCAAGUUGUCUUCAUUUUGGUUCAAAUUUGCCUGGUUUUCAGUGCAAGGACAACACGAGAAGCACACAGCAAACUAUCGAAGCUUACGCGCUGCACCUACGAAACAGUUCUAUCAAACCACACUUUUAGCAGAAAUAAACAAGCCGGAGUAUUUACACACCUCGGGCGCGCUGCAGACAUUCAUAAAUGCAAGCAAAUGUGUUGCGAGAAGGCAGACUGUGAUGUUGCGUUCAUGCCGCAAAACCACUGCUACGCAGUUUCGUGUUACUCAGAUGAACAUUGCGAGACAACGCCAGCAUCAGUGUCGAAUUUUGUAGUACAGCUUGUUAAAGUUCGACGGGUUACGAUUCCUGAUCCUUACAAUGAAAGUCCAAAAGAAGAGGACAUAUGGAAAUCUGGCAAUCAAGAGAGCUCGAAGGAGAACUUAAACGAGGAAGUCACUCUACAAACUUCAAAUGCGAUGGAGGCGUUCAUCUGUACGCACAGUCCUGUCUUGUACAAUGUGACACUGCGAGGUGCGUCGAAGUCGGGGAUCUUUACUGAUUUAGGCUCCGUUGACAACAUCAACAUGUGCAUCGCCCUGUGCUGUGAAUUGCAGAAGUGUGACUUGGCGUUUAUGAUCGGCCAGACAUGUGUUGCAGUGAAAUGCCACAGCGAGGAGCUCUGCCAAACGAUAAAGGCCAAGCCAUCAAAACUGGCACCCCAGCUAGCGUAUAUCAGGAGAAAAGAGGUGCAAAAGAAAGUUAGACCUGUUGCUGCGCAGCCACAGAUACAAAGUCCUCCGAUACUGCAAAAGCCUCCGCAGAAGCAAUCUCCAAUACUUAGGCCGAGCACAUGUCAAACGCGGAAGAUCUACAACAACGUAACACUUCUUGGUGGCACAAAAGCUGGAAAUUAUACAUCUCUCGGCAAGGCAGAACACUUGCAGGACUGCGUUGGCAGAGCAUGUGAUUUAAAUGAAGGUCACGUGGCAUUGAUGAUUGGCAGAUAUUGUUUCUCUGUCACAUGUCAUAAUGAGAGAGUCUGUCAAACAAUACCAGCAAAACCAACACAGCUGAAGCCAAAAGUUGCAUAUUUGGCUUGGACCCAAGAACCUAUAGAGCCAGAUACAAUAACAAAUAUGGCGGAAAGUGACUUUUUUGUUAAUCAUCAUCGAUUUCCAAGAUGCAAACGAAGCCAUAUCAUGUACAAUCACACACUAAAAGGAGGCUUGAGGGCAGGGAACUUCAGCAUGCUAGCCGCUGUCAAUGACAUCGAGGUUUGCGCUGCAUUGUGCUGCGAAGAAAAGAACUGUGAUUUGGCUCUCAUGAUAGGAGACAAUUGUUAUGCAGGCGACUGUACCAGUCCGGACCUAUGCAAAGCUGUACCAAUACCACCUGGUAUGGUGCAGAGAUCACAGAUAGCCUACAUAACUGCACCCGGACGAAAGAAACCAGAAGAUAAAUGGGUAAACGCAGAUUGGAGUCUGGUCUACCUCAUAGUGAGCAGUCUGGUUAUUGGAAUCAGUCUUCUGGGUACAGCAUGGACAGUUUGUCUGUGUGUCUUAAAGAGACACAGAACAGUCACCCAAGACGAAGAGCAAGCCAAGGCAGCAAAAAGGACAAAAACAUUACGGGAUUUAAGAGCGAGAUUCUCUGAUGGCCUACCUUCUUUCUUGGAUUCGGAGGCAGAGAUAGAAGAGCCAGUGGGAACGUCAACUAGAGGAAACAGCUUCAGCCCUCGGAAGACACCAACAUCAUCACUACAGAGCGUGGCGACGCAGACUAAAAAAGAAGCCGAACUUGCCACAGAAAGAUUCUUUAAACUUGAAGAAAAUGCUAAUAAACCAAAAUAAAUGCACAGUAAUUCAGAUGACACCUGCGCCUUUAAAGGACUGAUAAUAAUAAAAAGCGUUUUUGUAGUGGUGGCUAUGGCACACGUUAACUUUUAAGCCUGGGCAUAUAAACAACAACAACAACAACA